AUGCUCUCCCUAAAGCAUGGUCCUACGUGUAUCCCCACUAGCGAGUAUCCGAUUCCUGAAGACGCAUCUGACUGCCUUUUUCUAGAUGUGUAUUCUCCUUAUAGAGCCAGUAACCAUCCCGAAUUGCUGCCGGUAUUUGUUUGGAUUCAGGGCGGGGGCUUCAAUCAGAAUUCAAAUCCGAAUUACAAUGGUACCGGCUUGAUACAAGCGUCUGGUAUGGGAAUCGUCGUGGUUACCUUCAAUUAUCGUGUUGGCCCGUACGGAUUCCUCUCGAGGAGAGAGAUUCAACAAAAUGGAAGUGUGAACAACGGCCUAAAGGACCAGACUAAAGUCCUGGAGUUUGGCGGAGACCCCAAACAUGUGGUUAUAGGUGGUGCUAGCGCAGGAGCCGCCUCCAUCACCCUUCUUCUCUCAGCCUACGGUGGAAGGGACGAUGGUCUCUUUCAUGCUGCUGCUGCGGAAUCGCAAAGCUUUGCUACCAUGCUUAGUUUGAAUCAAAGUCAGUUUGCAUACAACAACCUAGUCAUCCGUACUGAUUGUGCAAGUGAUGCUGACACACUUGAAUGCUUGCGUGGUCUGGAUACGGAGGUCCUCCAGCGUGAAAACAUCAACACACCCUUGCCUAAUGCACAACAGGCGCCCCUAUAUCUAUACGGACUAGUGGUUGACGGUGAUCUUGUUCCCGAUUAUACGUACCGUCUGUUCCACAGGGACCAUAUUAUCAAGGUGCCUGUUAUUUUCGGCGACGACACGAAUGAAGGCACCAUAUUCGUUCCCAAGAAUAUUUCCAACGUCGGGGAAACAGAUACAUUCAUCCAAAAUCAAUUCGCAACUAUUGAAUUAGAGCAAUUUGCUGCAAUCAACGCCUGGUAUUUCUAUGAGAGCCAGACGCGCCAAUUUCCGGACGCUAAGCCUUACUGGAGACCUGCAAGCACUGCAUAUAGUGAGAUGCGGUAUAUCUGCCCUGGGAUUGACCUGGCAUCUAUCUACGCCAAGGCCGGGAUUAACAGUUGGAACUACCACUACGCCGUCCAAGGCCCAGAUUUGGAAGAAUCUGGCCUCGGCGUAGGUCAUACAGUGGAAAUCAACGCGAUUUGGGGCCCAAAUUAUGUAACAGGAGAUCCUCCCUCAUCUUACUUCACUACCAAUGCGCAGAUUGUACCCGUUAUGCAAGGUUACUGGACAAGCUUCAUCAAAACAUUUGAUCCAAAUCCUCAUCGUUACCCAGGGAGUCCACAAUGGAAUACUUGGGGUAACGAAGGGUAUUCCCGCAUCUUCAUCAAGACAAACGAAACAAGGAUGGAGCAAGUAUCGGAAGAUCAGAGGGAACGUUGUGAAUAUUUGAUCAGCAUCGGACCGGAACUUCAACAGUAA